GUGUUUUCUAAGAACCUUAGAUCACUAUUUAUAGGUCCAGUAGCAGGCCCUGACUUGAUGGAAGCAGACAAGUCAUUCAGUCCAGUUGCCUACCUAUCUGCCUACUUGUCUGUCCAAGGUACCUAUCGACUAAUAGCACCAUUAUGGCGUCCGACCGCCACCACGUCCAGGUCUUUACAGACGUCCCAGCAGAUCUUCUUCACCUGCUCGAGGCCAGACUUCCCCGGUCCAUCACUCUCCUCCGCCGCCUGCAGUUUACAACCUUCUCCACAGGCAAGACGGACUCUGCGCGAAUCAUUGUCGCAUCGGACGUGCCCCUCCAAGAACGACAUGACGAUAGCGCCGACGUGCCAAACAGCACAAUCCGGCACUUCACGGCCGCCUACUUGGACCCCUCCCACGGCCUCGAGACCAACAUGUGGCUCUACUCAACCUUUGAGGACUCUCAGGGAGCCAUGCCAGCCUCUCCCGCUCUGUCUCCUGACCAAGACGCCCUCUGCCGGCAGCAGAUCAUGGCCGUCCUCAAUGAGGCCAGGCACCAGGGGAGGAUCUACCCUAUCCAACCCCUCGCGCACCCGGACCACAUCUUCAUCGGCUCGCUCAAUAACGCUGUGCGCGAUGCGGCCCUCGCUAACGGGUUGUGCUUCGGUCCGACUCCUAAGUACGACUAUGAGAAGUUCAUCUUCCGCAUCGACGAGCUGCCGCUGCCUAGGGACCCUGAACUACCAGCCGGCAUGGUCUGGGGGACAGGCACGGUCCGGGACUGCGAGCUGGUUAGGUCGCGGACAAGCAUGCCGCGCAGCGUUAAGCUGCUGUUGACCCUGCCAAGCCUGUUUAUCAAGCUGGAGGACGGGACGCCUGUGGCUUGGGCGUUUUUGGCUGUGGAUGGCUCAUUGUGUAGCGUUCACUGCGAGGAGCCCUUCCGCCGUAGAGGCCUUGCAAAGAGUGUGAGCGCUGAGCUCCUCCGCACUAAGACGAGCACAUACGGCGGCGACAACUUCGCCGCAGCAGAUGUGGCGCCGGAUAACACAAGCAGCCAGGCUAUGUGUAAGAGCCUAAACGGCAGGGUGCACUGGGCAGGGUCAUGGGCCCUUUUAGAUAUUAAAGAGGCAGCUUAUAUUAAAUCAUAAAUCGAAAGGGUUAAGGUUUAGGUUAGGUUUAGAUUAGGUUUGGGUUACGCUUUAUUUAGGGCUAUAACUAGCUAUCU